UAGUUAGGAGUUUGGAGUUUGGAGUCUGCCCGUUCUCGUUUCCGCUUCUGUCCAUUGUAUAAGAUAUUUUCGUAAUAAAUUCUUCUAACCGGUCGCACGCAAAAUCGUCGACCCACGAAUCCAUGAUCGAAAUAGCGUGAUAAUAACAACAAUAAUAAUAAUUCGAAAAAAAUACCGGUGAUAUAAAAUAUUCGUGAUAUGCUUAAUGAAGUAGUUGAAAAUCAUAUGCUAUUGAUUGGGUGUCUGAUUGGUUAAGCCGAGUGUUUAAUGCAAGCAUGGCCGCCCUACCGUCACCUACGCAGGUGGCUGGAAGCCAUAGUGCGAUCUACGAAGCUUAUUACAAUCAGGUUGAUCCGAAUGGAUAUGGACAAAUCGAAGCAAUGGAUGCUGCUAGAUUUCUAAAGAAAUCUCAGCUCAGCGAUGUGAUUCUCAGCAAAAUAUGGGACAUGGCGGAUCCACAAUCACGUGGUUUCUUAGAUAAGUCUGGCCUCUUUGUAGCUUUAAAACUGUGCGCAUUAGCUCAGACAGGAAAGGACUUGAAUAUGUCUAAUUUAAGUCUUGAAUUGCCGCCACCAAAAAUGGGAGACAUUCCAGUUAUUCCUCAGAAAACUAUUACUAACGCUCUACCAGUGAUAAAAUCUAUCAACAAUGGAGAUUGGUCGAUUAAUCCUACAGAACGGGCAAAAUACGAUCCUUUUGAUAGCUUACAGCCAUCUAAUGGAUAUAUUUCUGGAAAUAGUAAAGGUGUUCUUAUGGAUAGCAAACUUCCUUUAGAUACUCUUGGAAAAAUUUGGGACUUGGCAGAUAUGGACAAGGAUGGUAUGCUGGAUAGACAUGAAUUUGUAGUUGCCAUGCAUCUUGUAUAUAAAGCAUUGGAAAAAUAUGCGAUACCAAGUGUACUUCCACCAGAAUUAAUGCCACCCGGUAAGAGAAAAGAGAUUCCUAAGGCUAAAUCUCCUGUACCAAUGGGCAUUGUAGCUUCAGCAUCACCAUCCUCGCAACCACCACCAAUCCCACCUUUACCAAAUGCGACGGCUGUAAAGAACCUGACUGGAUUAGACACUAUAAAAACAGGCGCACGGCAAUGGGUUGUUUCGAUCGAGGAUCAAAUAGUGGCGGAGAAGUUGUUUUUACAAGCUGAUCUAGAUAGGGAUGGAUUUGUCUCUGGCUUGGAAAUCAAAGACGUCUUCCUACAAAGUGGACUUCCGAAUACUGUAUUAGCGCAUAUAUGGAGUUUAUGUGAUAUUUCUCAAAGCGGAAAGCUGAAUAAGGAACAAUUUGCCUUAGCUAUGUGGUUUAUUAAGCAAAAGCUCAAUGGCAUGGACUCUCCGAUGAGUUUAACUCCUGAAAUGAUACCACCUUCUAUGCGAAAAGUUGGAGAAACCAUUGUGGUAAGUUAUUCAAAUAUUUUAUUUAACAAUAAUAUUUAUUAAUUAUUUCUGUGUG